UCAAUGGCGUUGCCCAUGCUGUCCCAGGCGCCGGAAUGACACAUAUACAAAGAGGAGUCAUGUAUCUAUCUCUAUGGGUGCCUUCUCAUGCUAACCUCCGUCUUGUCUUGACUGCAGCUCUUAACUUCUGUUUCAACUCUACUUUUCUGUUUCUCUGGUCGUUGUUUUCUACCACUCAAUCUUAUAGCCAUGUCUUGGACAACUAAAGUGUUAAAGCUAAUCGUGCUGGCUGGAGUGUCUGUGUUGAUAGUGAUGUACCUGCGGCAGUGGAUGGCUAGCAAACAGUAUGUCUUCACGAAGGAAGAUGUUGCUAUACUGGCCAAGCGAUACGCAGGUAAAUUGGUAGUUGGCUAGUCAGAGGCGCUUCAUUACGGAAACCCUUUAAUUACACGGAAGCAAACAGAACUAACGAUAGUUUCUAUUGGACAAGUUCAGGUAGUUCUCUCCGUUUCGUUUUCUUCCCUUUAUUAAACGGCGUAAUGAAUAUGCUCCUGAUAAUCAUUAAAUUGAUAUUUGUGAUGGUUAGCUUAACAUCAUGAAAAAGACUAGUGAAAUUAAGUGAAAAAGCCGUCGAAGCCGGUGUUUGGAGGAUAUAUUGGCACAGGUGUUGUUAGGCCCAAGACGAAGUCGAGUUUGAGUAAUUUAUUCAUACUAUUUCAUCCUAACACAAAAUAUAGUUCCGACACAAAUCUAGGGUUGCUGCCCGAACCGUCUUGUCGUUCUGUAUCAAUGGACGCGACCCAGUCGUUCUGUAUCUAUGGACGCGACCCAGUCGUUCUGUAUCAAUGGACGCGACCCAGUCGUUCUGUAUCUAUGGACGCGACCCAGUCGUUCUGUAUCUAUGGACGCGACCCAGUCGUUCUGUAUCUAUGGACGCGACCCAGUCGUUCUGUAUCUAUGGACGCGACCCAGUCGUUCUGUAUCUAUGGACGCGACCCAGUCGUUCUGUAUCUAUGGACGCGACCCAGUCGUUCUGUAUCUAUGGACGCGACCCAGUCGUUCUGUAUCUAUGGACGCGACCCAGUCGUUCUGUAUCUAUGGACGCGACCCAGUCGUUCUGUAUCUAUGGACGCGACCCAGUCGUUCUGUAUCAAUGGACGCGACCCAGUCGUUCUGUAUCUAUGGACGCGACCCAGUCGUUCUGUAUCUAUGGACGCGACCCAGUCGUUCUGUAUCUAUGGACGCGACCCAGUCGUUCUGUAUCUAUGGACGCGACCCAGUCGUUCAUUCUAAAUGUUCCAUUGCCAUACUGGCUGGCAACGUUCUUAUCCCUUGCUUGCUAGCUAGCCAACGACGGUUAACUUAGUCACAUCAAAGUGCAGCCAGAAUAACAGUAAAGUAACUGCAUUUGCAUUUGUUUAAGCUGUUUUCUAGUUACAUUUAUUUGGAUACAUCCAUAACAAUGAGCUAAUGAGGCGCUAUUUCGCCUGGCAUAGAAAAUGUGCUCUCUCGUCAGGACACUGAUGUUCAGAGGAGCUAGCCAACAACACAGCUAACACAAUCACUUUAAACUGAAGCUGGAAAGACUGCAAACUAGCUGCACUUUGUUUCAUUUGACCUUUUUUCAAUUUACAUUUCUUUGUAUAUAUCCAUACAAAUGAUGCCAGCUGAUUCAUGAUUUCGACUGUCUGAGAAACGCUGCCUGUCUGUCUGCCUGUCUGUCUGUCUCGUCCCGACUCCCAACACAUUCAUUACUAUGGGACAGCUGGAGAUCGAAUUUGAAUAUUGAAACAAUGUUGCAAAUGUCAGAGAGACAGACAGCAAGGUUUAUACAAAUCUCCGUGGUUUAAAUCUAAAUGUUAGUCUAAAAGAAAUGUGAGAUAAUGUCUAGAUGUUGUUUAUAGUGCAGAUUAAGUUUAUAAAUUGCCUGGCUGGGCUGAUGUGACAGUGGAUUGCGCAGUCAGAUGGAACUGAGUAAAUAAGCAUUUUAACAUAAUAGAUUUAGCCAGUGGUAACUUGUGGAAUAGACACCAGCUGGAAUGUGGUUUUAACCAAUCAGGAUUAGACCCACCCCUUGGCCAUAUACCACACCUCCUCGUGCUUUAUUGCUUAAAUAACCCACAAGUUAACUAGCUAGCUUAGUUGAUUGGCUGAUCAUCAACUUGCUGUAGGAUUAGACCCAAGCAUGUAGCUAGCUAGCUGUAAUUGUAUUAUGCCAGCCUUCCAGAUCUAGUUACAGCUAAGUGAUCCUACUAGCCAAAUGGUUUUGACUAGAACGAGGUGAAUUAGUAGUUGAGAGAGGUGAGUGAGAGCUCUUGCAAGCCAACAUCAGCAUGCUAUCUUGUUAAAAAGGGGAGGGUUCAUCUUUGAUAACAGUGUGAGGUCAGGGACAUGCUAGACAUGAGAUGUAGAUUACUGCUGUUAAUAAGGAACUUCUACCGUCCUAUAGUUGUCUGGUAGCACUGAUUUAUCACUGAUGUUGUCUCCUCCAGGCCAGGACCACGACCAGGCGUUCGCCAAGGUGGUGGUGGAGCUGCGGAGGAAGUACCCUGGUCACAUCCUACCGGACGAGGACCUGCAGUGGGUGUUCGUUAACGCGGGUGGCUGGAUGGGCUCCAUGUGUCUGCUCCAUGCCUCCCUCACUGAGUACGUCCUGCUGUUCGGCACUGCCGUGGACACUGGAGGACACUCAGGUUAGGAUCUCUCUGGGUUCACACACUGCCGUGGACACUGGAGGACACUCAGGUUAGGAUCUCUCUGGGUUCACACACUGCCGUGGACACUGGAGGACACUCAGGUUAGGAUCUCUCUGGGUUCACACACUGCCGUGGACACUGGAGUACACUCAGGUUAGGAUCUCUCUGGGUUCACACACUGCCGUGGACACUGGAGGACACUCAGGUUAGGAUCUCUCUGGGUUCACACACUGCGUGGACACUGGAGGACACUCAGGUUAGGAUCCUCUGGGUUCACACACUGCCGUGGACACUGGAGGACACUCAGGUUAGGAUCUCUCUGGGUUCACACACUGCUGUGGACACUGGAGGACACUCAGGUUAGGAUCUCUCUGGGUUCACACACUGCCCCUAUGUCAUACACUGGAUAGGUCCAGUGUAAUGUGUUGUUUUACAGGGUCAGCCAUAGUACAUUUACAUUACAUUUUAGUCAUUUAGCAGACGCUCUUAUCCAGAGCGACUUACAGUUAGUGAAUACAUAUUUUUUUAUACUGGCCCCCCGUGGGAAUCGAACCCACAACCCUGGCGUUGCAAACGGCAUGCUCUAUCAACUGAGCUACAUCCCUGCCGGCCAUUCCCUCCCCUACCCUGGACAACGCUGGGCCAAUUGUGCGCCGCCGUUUUACAGGGUCAGCCAUAGUAGUAUGAUAGGUGCAGUGUAAUGUGUUGUUUUACAGGGUCAGCCAUAGUAGUAUGAUAGGUGCAGUGUAAUGUGUUGUUCUACAGGGUCAGCCAUAGUAGUAUGAUAGGUGCAGUGUAAUGUGUUGUUUUACAGGGUCAGCCAUAGUAGUAUGAUAGGUGCAGUGUAAUGUGUUGUUCUACAGGGUCAGCCAUAGUAGUAUGAUAGGUCCAGUGUAAUGUGUUGUUUUACAGGGUCAGCCAUAGUAGUAUGAUAGGUGCAGUGUAAUGUGUUUGUUUUACAGGGUCAGCCAUAGUAGUAUGAUAGGUGCAGUGUAAUGUGUUGUUCUACAGGGUCAGCCAUAGUAGUAUGAUAGGUCCAGUGUAAUGUGUUGUUUUACAGGGUCAGCCAUAGUAGUAUGAUAGGUGCAGUGUAAUGUGUUGUUUUACAGGGUCAGCCAUAGUAGUAUGAUAGGUCCAGUGUAAUGUGUUGUUCUACAGGGUCAGCCAUAGUAGUAUGAUAGGUCCAGUGUAAUGUGUUGUUUUACAGGGUCAGCCAUAGUGGUAUGAUAGGUGCAGUGUAAUGUGUUGUUUUACAGGGUCAGCCAUAGUAGUAUGAUAGGUGCAGUGUAAUGUGUUGUUCUACAGGGUCAGCCAUAGUAGUAUGAUAGGUGCAGUGUAAUGUGUUGUUCUACAGGGUCAGCCAUAGUAGUAUGAUAGGUCCAGUGUAAUGUGUUGUUUUACAGGGUCAGCCAUAGUAGUAUGAUAGGUCCAGUGUAAUGUGUUGUUUUACAGGGUCAGCCAUAGUAGUAUGAUAGGUGCAGUGUAAUGUGUUGUUCUACAGGGUCAGCCAUAGUAGUAUGAUAGGUGCAGUGUAAUGUGUUCUACAGGGUCAGCCAUAGUAGUAUGAUAGGUCCAGUGUAAUGUCUUGUUUUACAGGGUCAGCCAUAGUAGUAUGAUAGGUGCAGUGUAAUGUGUUGUUCUACAGGGUCAGCCAUAGUAGUAUGAUAGGUCCAGUGUAAUGUGUUGUUUUACAGGGUCAGCCAUAGUAGUAUGAUAGGUGCAGUGUAAUGUGUUUGUUCUACAGGGUCAGCCAUAGUAGUAUGAUAGGUGCCAGUGUAUGUGUUGUUUAACAGGGUCAGCCAUAGUAGUAUGAUAGGUCCAGUGUAAUGUUUUGUUUACAGGGUCAGCCAUAGGUAGUAUGAUAGGUGCAGUGUAAUGUGUUGGUUUUUACAGGGUCAGCCAUAGUAGUAUGAUAGGUGCAGUGUAAUGUGUUGUUCUACAGGGUCAGCCAUAGUAGUAUGAUAGGUCCAGUGUAAAUGUGUUGUUUUACAGGGUCAGCCAUAGUAGUAUGAUAGGGUGCAGUGUAAUGUGUUGUUUCUACAGGGUCAGCCAUAGUAGUAUGAUAGGUCGCAGUGUAAUGUGUUGUUUUACAGGGUCAGCCAUAGUAGUAUGAUCGGUGCAGUGUAAUGUGUUGUUCUACAGGGUCAGCCAUAGUAGUAUGAUAGGUGCCAGUGUAAUGUGUUCUUCUACAGGUCAGGCCAUAGUAGUAUGAUAGGUCAGUGUAAUGGUUGUUUACAGGGUCAGCCAUAGUAGUAUGAAUAGGUGCAGUGUAAUGUGUUGUUCUACAGGGUCAGCCAUAGUAGUAUGAUAGGUGUAGUGUAAUGUGUUGUUUUACAGGGUCAGCCAUAGUAGUAUGAUAGGUGCAGUGUAAAUGUGUGUUUUACAGGGUCAGCCAUAGUAGUAUGAUAGGUCCAGUGUAAUGUGUUGUUUUUACAGGGUCAGCCAUAGUAGUAUGAUAGGUGCAGUGUAAUGUGUUGUUCUACAGGGUCAGCCAUAGUAGUAUGAUAGGUGCAGUGUAAUUUUGUUCUACAGGGUCAGCCAUAGUAGUAUGAUAGGUCCAGGUAAUGUCUUGUUUUACAGGGUCAGCCAUAGUAGUAUGAUAGGUGCAGUGUAAUGUGUUGUUUCUACAGGGUCAGCCAUAGUAGUAUGAUAGGUCCAGUGUAAUGUGUUGUUUUACAGGGUCAGCCAUAGUAGUAUGAUAGGUGCAGUGUAAUGUGUUGUUCUACAGGGUCAGCCAUAGUAGUAUGAUAGGUGCAGUGUAAUGUGUUCUACAGGGUCAGCCAUAGUAGUAUGAUAGGUCCAGUGUAAUGUCUUGUUUUACAGGGUCAGCCAUAGUAGUAUGAUAGGUCCAGUGUAAUGUGUUGUUUUACAGGGUCAGCCAUAGUAGUAUGAUAGGUGCAGUGUAAUGUGUUGUUUUACAGGGUCAGCCAUAGUAGUAUGGCGCCCGUGGAAUAAAUGAGGGUUAAGUGCCUUGCUCAAGGGCAAAUCGACAGAUAUUUCACCUGGUCGGCUAGGGUAAUCGAAUCAGUGACCUUUAGGUUACUGGCCCAACUCUCUAACCACUAGGCUACCUGCUGGUUACUGGCCCAACGCUCUAACCACUAGGCUACCUGCUGGUUACUGGCCCAACUCUCUAACCACUAGACUACCUGCUGGUUACUGGCCCAACUCUCUAACCACUAGGCUACCUGCUGGUUACUGGCCCAACACUCUAACCACUAGGUUACCUGCUGGUUACUGGCCCAACACUCUAACCACUAGACUACCUGCUGGUUACUGGCCCAACUCUCUAACCACUAGGCUACCUGCUGGUUACUGGCCCAACGCUCUAACCACUAGGCUACCUGCUGGUUACUGGCCCAACUCUCUAACCACUAGGUUACCUGCUGGUUACUGGCCCAACACUCUAACCACUAGGCUACCUGCUGGUUACUGGCCCAACACUCUAACCACUAGGCUACCUGCUGGUUACUGGCCCAACUCUCUAACCACUAGGCUACCUGCUGGUUACUGGCCCAACUCUCUAACCACUAGGCUACCUGCUGGUUACUGGCCCAACGCUCUAACCACUAGACUACCUGCUGGUUACUGGCCCAACGCUCUAACCACUAGACUACCUGCUGGUUACUGGCCCAACUCUCUAACCACUAGGCUACCUGCUGGUUACUGGCCCAACUCUCUAACCACUAGGCUACCUGCUGGUUACUGGCCCAACUCUCUAACCACUAGACUACCUGCUGGUUACUGGCCCAACACUCUAACCACUAGGCUACCUGCUGGUUACUGGCCCAACGCUCUAACCACUAGGCUACCUGCUGGUUACUGGCCCAACUCUCUAACCACUAGGCUACCUGCUGGUUACUGGCCCAACUCUUGAACCUCUAGGCUACCUGCUGGUUACUGGCCCAACUCUCUAACCACUAGGCUACCUGCUGGUUACUGGCCCAACUCUCUAACCACUAGACUACCUGCUGGUUACUGGCCCAACUCUCUAACCACUAGGCUACCUGCUGGUUACUGGCCCAACUCUCUAACCACUAGGCUACCUGCUGGUUACUGGCCCAACUCUCUAACCACUAGGCUACCUGCUGGUUACUGGCCCAACACUCUAACCACUAGACUACCUGCUGGUUACUGGCCCAACUCUCUAACCACUAGGCUACCUGCUGGUUACUGGCCCAACUCUCUAACCACUAGGCUACCUGCUGGUUACUGGCCCAACCUCUAACACUACUACCUGCGGUUACUGGCCCAACUCUCUAACCACUAGGCUACCUGCUGGUUACUGGCCCAACUCUCUAACCACUAGGCUACCUGCUGGUUACUGGCCCAACACUCUAACCACUAGGCUACCUGCUGGUUACUGGCCCAACUCUCUAACCACUAGGCUACCUGCUGGUUACUGGCCCAACACUCUAACCACUAGGCUACCUGCUGGUUACUGGCCCAACUCUCUAACCACUAGGCUACCUGCCUGGUUACUGGCCCAACUCUCUAACCACCAGGCUACCUGCUGGUUACUGGCCCAAACUCUUGAACCUCUAGGCUACCUGCUGGUUACUGGCCCAACUCUCUAACCACUAGGCUACCUGCUGGUUACUGGCCCAACUCUCUAACCACUAGGCUACCUGCUGGUUACUGGCCCAACUCUCUAACCACUAGGCUUCCUGCUGGUUACUGGCCCAACUCUCUAACCACUAGGCUACCUGCUGGUUACUGGCCCAACUCUCUAAACCACUAGGCUACCUGCUGGUUACUGGCCCAACUCUCUAACCACUAGGCUUCCUGCUGGUUACUGGCCCAACUCUCUAACCACUAGGCUACCUGCUGGUUACUGGCCCAACUCUCUAAACCACUAGGCUACCUGCUGGUUACUGGCCCAAACUCUAGAACCUCUAGGCUACCUGCUGGUUACUGGCCCAACUCUCUAACCACUAGGCUACCUGCGGUUACGGCCCAACUCUCUAACCACUAGGCUACCUGAUGGUUACUGGCCCAACUCUCUAACCACUAGACUACCUGCUGUGGUUACUGGCCCAACUACUCUAACACCUGACUACCUGCCGGUUACUGCCCAACUCUCAACCACUAGGUUACCUGCUGGUUACUGGCCCAACUCUCUAACCACUAGGCUACCUGAUGGUUACUGGCCCAACUCUCUAACCACUAGGCUACCUGAUGGUUACUGGCCCAACUCUCUAACCACUAGACUACCUGCUGGUUACUGGCCCAACUCUCUAACCACUAGACUACCUGCUGGUUACUGGCCCAACUCUCUAACCACUAGGUUACCUGCUGGUUACUGGCCCAACUCUCUAACCACUAGGCUACCUGCUGGUUACUGGACCAACUCUCUAACCACUAGGUUACCUGCUGGUUACUGGCCCAACUCUCUAACCACUAGACUACCUGCUGGUUACUGGCCCAACUCUCUAACCUCUAGGCUACCUGCCGGUUACUGGCCCAACUCUCUAACCACUAGGCUACCUGAUGGUUACUGGCCCAACUCUCUAACCACUAGGUUACCUGCUGGUUACUGGCCCAACUCUCUAACCACUAGGCUACCUGCUGGUUACUGGCCCAACUCUCUAACCACUAGACUACCUGCUGGUUACUGGCCCAACUCUCUAACCACCAGGCUACCUGCUGGUUACUGGCCCAACUCUCUAACCACUAGGCUACCUGCUGGUUACUGGCCCAACCCUCUAACCACUAGGCUACCUGCUGGUUACUGGCCCAACUCUCUAACCACUAGACUACCUGCUGGUUACUGGCCCAACUCUCUAACCACUAGGCUACCUGCCGCCCUAUAAAGUGAAUAGGGUACCAUUUGGGUCACAUCUCAAAAGUCUAAUUCUUAAGGUGUUCUGUCCUCUGUCGUAUCCCUCCCUGCCAGAGGGAGGAGAACACAAGGAAUGAGGAAACCCUUUUUAUAUUCACCCACAGUGUGCAGUAGCAUCACAGUAACCUGUUGUUCUUCUGUUCUGUUAUUAACUUGUUGAACUUCUCUUAAGGUCGUUACUGGGCUGAAAUAUCAGACACCAUCAUCUCUGGGACCUUCAGGCAGUGGAAGGAGGGAUCAACUAAGAGUGAAAUGUACUAUCCAGGUAAGACCACAGAGAUCCUAUUACAUUCUAUGUGUUAGACACUACAGCUGUUCUACCCAGGUAAAACACGGGUCAAUGAGGUUAGGCAGGUAGCCUAGCGGUAGCCUAGCGGUUAGAGGGUUGGGCCAGUAACCAGCAGGUAGCCUAGCGGUUAGAGGGUUGGGCCAGUAACCAGCAGGUAGCCUAGCGGUAGCCUAGCGGUAGCCUAGCGGUUAGAGAGUUGGGCCAGUAACCAGCAGGUAGCCUAGCGGUAGCCUAGCGGUAGCCUAGCGGUUAGAGGGUUGGGCCAGUAACCAGCAGGUAGCCUAGCGGUUAGAGGGUUGGGCCAGUAACCAGCAGGUAGCCUAGCGGUAGCCUAGCGGUAGCCUAGCGGUUAGAGAGUUGGGCCAGUAACCAGCAGGUAGCCUAGCGGUAGCCUAGCGGUUAGAGAGUUGGGCCAGUAACCAGCAGGUAGCCUAGCGGUAGCCUAGCGGUAGCCUAGCGGUUAGAGAGUUGGGCCAGUAACCAGCAGGUAGCCUAGCGGUUAAGAGCGUUCGGCCAUUAACUAAAGGUCUCCGAGACGACUAGGUGAAAAAUCUGUCUGUGCCCUUGAGCAGGGCCCUUAACCCUAAUUGCUCCUGUAAGUGGCUCUGGAUAAGAGUGUCUGCUAAAUGACUUGCAUGUCAAUGGAAACUAGCCUACCAACUAGUAAGGUGGAGUGGGCCUACGUUGUAGUGUCUUUUGUAUCAGCUGUGUGUGUUUGUGUUAACAGGUGACACGAUAGUCCACACGGUAGGCGAGGCAACGUCGGUCCAAUGGAGUGCUGGGACGUGGAUGGUGGAGUAUGGCAGAGGCUUCAUCCCCUCCACCCUGGGGUUCGCCCUGGCAGACACUCUGUUCAGCACACAGGACUUCCUUACUAUGUUCUAUACAGUACGGGUCUACGCCAAGGGAAUGCUGCUAGAGGCCAAUACACUACUCACCGAGGCUGGGGUCUUCUGAGCAACCUGACCCCUAACCCUCACCGAGGCUGACGUCUUCUGAGCAACCUGACCCCUAACCCUCACCGAGGCUGGGGUCUUCUGAGCAACCUGACCCCUAACCCUCACCGAGGCUGGGGUCUUCUGAGCAACCUGACCCCUAACCCUCACCGAGGCUGACGUCUUCUGAGCAACCUGACCCCUAACCCUCACCGAGGCUGACGUCUUCUGAGCAACCUGACCCCUAACCCUCACCGAGGCUGACGUCUUCUGAGCAACCUGACCCCUAACCCUGACCGAGGCUGACGUCUUCUGAGCAACCUGACCCCUAACCCUCACCGAGGCUGACGUCUUCUGAGCAACCUGACCCCUAACCCUCACCGAGGCUGACGUCUUCUGUGGUACCUGACCUCUAAACCUUGAACCUCUUAGAGUUAGAUAUACGUGUUGAUUGCAUCCCAUAAACGAAUAGCUACUGUUCCUUGCUCUGUUAG